AUGGCCGAAAAGUCCAAGACAAAGAAGUUCCCGGAGGUCCAGGGCGGUGGCAGUCUCAUCUUGGCCUGGCGGAUCAAGGACAAAAAGGUCCUGGUCGUCGGAGGCGGCGAGGUCGCGGCCGGCCGCAUCCUCAAUUGUCUCGAUGCCGAUGCCAAAGUCACCGUUGUAUGCCCGGCUUCUGGCCUUAACCCCGAGGUAGCACACCGAAUCGAGCGGGCGCAAGUCACCCACGUCGAUCGCCUCUUCGAACCGUCCGACCUCGACGGCGCAGACAUGGUCCUCGUGGCUAUUGACGACCCCGCCGCCUCUACAACAAUCUGGAAACUGUGCAAGGAACGGAGAAUACCCGCCAACAUUGCCGAUGUGCCCCCGGAAUGCGACUUCUACUUCGGCAGCGUCCACCGCGACGGUCCGCUGCAGAUCAUGGUCAGCACCAACGGCAAGGGACCCAGGUUGGCUGCCAUUAUUCGGCGGCAGAUUGCCAAGUCGCUCCCCAAGAACGCCGGCAACGCCAUCGAGGCCAUUGGCACCCUGAGGGCGAAGUUGCGCAAGAUUGCUCCGAACCCGGAGGAGAGCCCCAAGCGGAUGGGAUGGAUGAUCAAGGUCAGUAACAAAUACGACUGGAACGAGUUUUGCGACCUCACCGACGAGGACAUGGAGAACCUUCUCAAGUUCUAUGCGGGCAACCAGGUGCCCACCAUCGACGAUCUCCUGGCCAUGAGAAAGAACCCCGGCUUCAACGUCAAUGACGUCUUCGAUGGGUCCUUCGGGUUCUGUGUCGGUGUGUAA